AUGAGUUCGACCCGAGACGCGGCUGCCGAGACGCAAAAGACACUCGGUAAUGAAGAAUUUAAUCAGAAAAACUUUGACAAAGCAGUUGAAUAUUACUCGGAGGCGAUUCGUCUCGAUCCUGACAAUUACGUCUACUAUUCGAAUCGAAGUGCAGCAUACGGAGCUCUUGGGAAAUGGGAAUUAGCUGAACAAGACGCUCAAGAAUGUGUCAAGCGUAACCUCAAAUUUGCCAAAGGUUAUCACCGUCUUGCUAAUGCUCAGCAACAAUUGGGACGCAAAAAAGAAGCCAUUGACACGCUUAAAGCAGCACUGAGCUCUGCUGCAGAACCAGAAAAGGUCCCAGGUAUCAAGAAAUUGCUACGGCAGCUGAAUCAGGAGCUGGUACCUAAAAGUGCAGUUUCGAAUCAAGGUGGAAGUCGUCAAGUGCCUAUGCACAUUGCCAAAGAGCUACAAGAACUGCAGCCCCAGUAUCAGAAGAUCCAGCGGGAGUUUGAACAGAUUGAGGCAAAGCUUGCGGCUUUUACGCGACAGAAAAAACGGCUCGCACUUGUCGAACAAGAGGUGGUUGAUUUGCCUGAAGAGACCAAGACGUACCAAAGCAUUGGCAAGAUGUUCUUACAGACGAACCGAGAAGAGAACGUGAUGAGUAUGAAAAGUGAAGAGAAGCGAGUCGAUGAACAAAUAUCGUCACUUGAAGCCCGCAAGAAUUAUCUGAACCGUCAGAAACAAACAGUGCAGGACAACAUUACGGAGCUUUUGGCUCAGUGCACUUAA